CAGUUGAGACCACGUAAUUUGUUUCCAUGCCUCGUGCCUCAGUCCGCACCUGUCAAUCAUUUCCAUAAUGAAGGGCUUGUUAAUGCAGCAAACCUACUGAGGGGACGAGAAUAGCUGAGAAGACGCAGAAGGUUGGCUGCGUUGGCAGCCAGGCGAGGCGAGGGGACGAUGCCUCCUCCAUCCUUUACCCUCGAUGCUCAGAUACGAUUUCAUGACAAAUGGCUGAAGAUGGACUUUCAGCGAGUGUUUUCUCCAGAGGGACUGAGUGAGUUGUGGAAUGAAAUGGUCAAAGAUGAGGAGAUCCUGUUGAAUGGCGAAGAAUCGGCUCACCCCGAGGAUUGCCUUGAUUGUUUUGGCGCUCAGAAGAAGGAUGAAACAAACGACAAAGACAAGAAGGAGGAGGAGGAGACGCCUACAUCCGUACAUCACUCCAUCAUCGAGACGUGGGACUGGGGCCGGCAGCCAGAUGAGAGGGAGCUUAAGGACUGUCUGAUGGUGCUGGUUGACGAUCAGCAGAACCUCUCGGCUCAGAUGGCCAAGAGCACCCUGUCGGCCCUGCGGCUGCACCGGCGCCUGAUCAUCCUGGAGCGCUACCUGCUCUCGCUCUGCCACGGCAUGAUGGAGGAGAAGUACCUGGCCCGCUUCAAGACACCCCCCAGCCCGCCACUGCUCACCACCGACAAUAAAAGUCCUCGUCCUGCCAGUAAAGGUGUGGAAGGUCUGGCUAGAGUUGGCUCGAGGGCAGCUCUGUCUUUCGCCUUUGCUUUCCUGCGUCGAGCGUGGAGGUCAGGAGAUGAUGCAGACCUGUGCAGCGAGCUUCUCCAGGAAUCUCUGGAUGCCCUUCGUGCUCUACCAGAGGCCACGCUGUUUGAUGAAGGAAUCGUAUCGUCAGUGUGGCUAGAAGUUGUUGAGAGGGCCACAAAGUUCCUCAGUGAUGUACAUGGUAGUGCCAGUACCAAGGGGAACAUCCCUCUUCAGGACCAGCACCUUGCGCUGGCCAUCCUGCUGGAGCUGGCGGUUCAGAGGGGCACUCUCAGUCAGCUCCUGUCUGCCGUUCUGCUCCUGUUACGUCUUUGGGAAAGCGGCACCAGAGAGAUGGACAAUGAGCGCUCCACCCAGGGAACCAGUGCUCCCCUGUUGCCUCUCCUGCAGCGAUUUCAGAACAUACACAGCAGCAAGAAGGAGUCUGUUCCCGAGGAGGAAGCAGAGAUCCUCGCAGCCCCUCUCAGUCCAAACGAGAGUUUCCUGCGCUACCUGACCUUGCCUCAGGAUAAUGAUCUGGCUAUUGAUCUCCGGCAAACAGCUGUGGUGAUCAUGGCUCACCUGGACCGUCUGGCUUCUCCCUGCAGCCCCCCACUUUGUAACUCCCCAACGUCACACAAGGGAACCUUGCAAGAAGUGAUUGCCUGGGGCUUAUUAGGUUGGAAACGUAAUACCAACGUUAAUGGACCCAUUCAGUGCAAAGCCCUUUCGAGUCUCGGAGUCACACAGGUCGUCUGCUCAGAAAAGGGCUUCCUCAUCCUGUCCAGCAGCGGCGCUGUUUACACCCAGAACUACAAGAGCACAACCCUGGCUCCCAUACUGAUCCACUGUCUGAGCUCCCGGAAGAUAGUGAAGCUUGCAGCUCAUCCCGAUGGGCAGCACUACUUGGCUUUGUCAACCAAUGGCGAGGUGUUCUCCUGGGGCUGUGGCGACGGCGGCCGCCUCGGACACGGAGACACCACAUACCUAGAAGAACCUACGAUGAUCGCAACGUUCAAUGGGAAGCAAACUGGGAAGCACGUGGUCCACGUGGCCUGUGGGAGUACGUACAGCGCUGCAGUCACAGCAGACGGAGAGCUGUACACCUGGGGCAGGGGUAACUACGGCCGGCUGGGCCACGGCUCCAGCGAGGACCAGACAACACCCAUGUUGGUGACAGCACUGAAAGGACUGAAGGUGAUGGACGUGGCGUGUGGAAGUGGUGAUGCCCAGACGUUGGCUGUGACAGAGAAUGGCCAGGUGUGGUCAUGGGGCGAUGGAGACUACGGGAAACUGGGCAGAGGUGGCAGUGAUGGCUGUAAAACUCCCAAGCUGGUGGAGAAGCUGCAGGACCUUGACAUAGUGAAGGUGUGCUGUGGCAGCCAGUUCUCAGUGGCCCUCACCAAAGACGGCCAGGUGUACACCUGGGGGAAGGGAGACAACCAGCGUCUCGGCCAUGGCACAGACGAGCACGUCCGCUAUCCAAAGCUGCUUGACAGCCUGCAGGGAAAGAAAGUGGUCGACAUUGCUGUGGGAUCCACACACUGCCUCGCCCUCACGGACGACGGCGAAGUGCACAGCUGGGGCAGCAAUGAUAAACUGCAGCACUUUGACACGCUGUUCUCCAACAAGAAGCAGCCUAAGGCACUUCCAGGGCUCAACUCCAAACACAUAGUGGGCAUUUCCUGUGGCCCAGGACAGAGUUUUGUCUGGUCCUCCUGCUCAGAGUGGACUGUUGGACACCGCGUGCCCUUUGUGGUGGACGUCUGUCCGAUGACCUUUGAGCAACUGGACCUGCUCCUGCGGCAGGUCAGCGAGGGGAUGGACGGCAGCUCUGACUGGCCUCCUCCACAGGAGAAGGAGUGCAUGGUGGUCGCCACACUCAACCUGCUCAGGCUGCAGCUCCACGCUGCCAUCAGUAACCAGGUGGAUCCAGAGGAGCUGGGCCUGGGGCUCGGCAGCGUGUUGCUCAACAACCUGAAACAGACAGUAGUCGUGCUGGCAAGUAAUGCUGGUGUGCUCAAUACCGUGCAAGCAGCCGCCCAGGCUGUCCUCCAGAGUGGCUGGUCAGUGCUGCUGCCCACAGCUGAGGAAAGGGCCCGGGCGCUGUCUUCCCUCCUGCCUAAUGCUGCAUCGGGAAACGACAUGAGCGUGAGUCCUGGACGGCGCUUCAUGAUUGACCUGCUGGUCAGCAGUUUAAUGGCCGACGGGGGUUUGGAGUCUGCACUGAAUGCUGCCAUCACUGCUGAGAUACAGGACUUUGAAGCGAAGAAAGAAGCGCAGAAAGAGAAGGAGAUAGAUGAGCAGGAAGCUAAUGCCUCCACCAUGCACCGCUGUCGUACCAUGCUGGACAAAGACCUCAUCAACACAGGCAUUUACGAAUCGGCGGGAAAGCAAAUUCUACCUCUGGUGCAGCUUGUCCAGCAACUCUUGAGGAACAUUGCGUCCCAGACCAUCGCCAGACUGAAAGAUGUUGCUCGCCGGAUCUCCAACUACCUGGAAGCAGAGCACGUGAGUAAGGAGCGCUCUGCUUCUCUGGACCUGCUGCUGCGCUUCCAGAGGCUGCUGGUCAGCAAGCUGUACUUGGGUUUGGAUGGCGUCGAGAAUGUCAAUGGCUACAAUCCGGAGCUUCUGGGAAUUGGAUCUUUGUUGAAAAAGUACAUCGCUUUGCUCUGCACUCACAUUGGUGACAUUCUGCCAGUGGCAACAAGCAUUGCCUCUACGGGUCGUCGGCAUUUUGCCGAAGUCUCUCGAGUUAUUGAAGGAGAUCUAACUGGGGUUCUCCUGCCUGAGUUGGUGCUGUCCAUCAUCCUGCUCCUCACCCUGGAUGCUGGUUUGAUGCAGGAAACCGGUUCGAUCCCUCUUUUGGCUGGACUUCUGGAGCACUUGGACCGUUUCAAUCACUUGGCCCCAGGGCAUGAGAGGGACGAUAACGAAGAUUUGACCUGGCCCGGCAUUAUGGGGUCCUUCUUCACAGGGCAGAGCUCUAAGAACAACGAGGAGGUGUCACUCAUCCGCAAGGCUGACCUGGAAAAUCACAACAAAGAUGGCGGUUUCUGGACAGUGAUUGACGGAAAAGUAUACGACAUCAAAGACUUCCAGGCUCAGUCUCAAUCACUGGCAGGAAAUAGUAUAUUGGCCCAGUUUGCAGGAGAAGAUCCAGUGGUUGCUCUGGAGGCCGCCCUUCAGUUUGAAGACACUAAGGAGUCCAUGCAGGCCUUCUGUGUGGGCCAGUAUAUGGAGCCUAACCAGGAGACGGUUACUACUCCAGACCUCAGCAGUCUUUCGUCCCCCCUCAUUGACACGGAAAGGAACUUGGGGCUGCUGCUCGGUCUUCACGCCUCGUACUUGGCCAAGAGCACCCCACUUUCCUCCAUGGAGAUCGAAUGUGAAAAAUGGCUUCAGUCCUCCAUCUUCUCCGGGGGCCUACAGACCAGCCAGAUCCACUACAACUACAACGAGGAGAAGGACGAAGACCACUGCAGCUCCCUGGGUACCACCACUCCAGACAGGGCCAAGCUUUACUCCCGCAGGAUCACCCUCAGCGACCACGCACAGCCUUUCCUCCAGGCCAUUGCUGACAACAACACUCAAGACCACACUGUGAAGGACUUCCUAUGCCAAAUAGAGCGUUGCUGUAAGCAGUACCACCUUAUCACACCCAUCACCGUUCCCCCGGAGCACCCCGUGGAGGAAGUGGGCCGCCUGCUGCUCUGCUGUCUGCUCAAGCAUCAAGACCUCGGCCACAUUGCUCUGUCACUUGUCAGUCAGUGUGCCUUGGGUGUGGACCAAGGAAAGCAGAGGUCCCUCCCGAAAUCAGUGAUUGAUGUUUGCCGCAUGGUCUACCAGGCAAAGUGUUCUUUAAUCAAGACCCAUCAGGAACAGGGCCGCUCGUACAAGGAGGUGUGCGCCCCAGUCAUCGAGCGUCUGCGCUUUUUGUUCAACGAGUUGCGUCCAGCUGUGAGCAACGACCUGUCGAUAGUGUCCAAGCUGAAGCUCCUCAGCUCCCAGCCUCGCUGGAGGAGGAUCACGCAGAAACUCAUCAGGGACCGGAGGAAAAAAAGAGUGCCUAAGAAGUCAGAGUCCGUGGACGUUGAAGAAACAAAACUGGAGAAUGAAGGGACCAAUGAAGAAGAACUGAAUGUGAACAUCAGCCCCACGCCUGCUGACAGGAAAUCACCUACUGGGAAGACAGCGAAGCAGGACAAGUUGCAGCCGUUUUUAAACACUGUGGCCAAUGUACAGAAGUACCGGUGGCUGAAGCACAGUGUUCAGGGUGCCUUUUUGCAGUCUAGCCUUAUGGCCACUAUCGUGGAGUUUGCCCUGAAAGAGGAGCCACUGGAUGUGGAGAAAAUGAGGAAAUGCCUUCUGAAGCAGCUGGAGCGGGCCGAGGUGAGGCUGGAGGGCAUCGACACCAUGCUGAAGCUGGCCUCUAAAAGCUUCCUGCUGCCGUCUGUGCAGUACGCCAUGCUCUGCGGCUGGCAGAGGGUCAUACCUGAAGGGCCCAACAUUGGAGAGCCCUUGUCUGACUGCCUGAUGGACGUGGAUCUGAUCCCUCCCUUCAACCGUAUGCUUCUGGAGGUCACCUUUGGAAAGUUGUAUUCUUGGGCUAUUCAGAACGUUCGCAACAUCCUGCUUGAGGCCAGCGCUCGCUUUAAAGAGCUCGGCGUGCAGCCUGUUCCUUUGCAGACAAUAACCAAUGAAAACCCAGCAGGACCAAGCCUUGGAACCAUUCCACAGGCACGCUUCCUCUUGGCCAUGAUACAUAUGCUCUCCCUGAAGCAUGGAUCUAACAACCUCAGUCUCUUGUUGAACUCUGGCAUAUUGGCUCUCACUCAGAGUAUACUCCGUCUCAUCGGUCCCAGCACAGACAGCAGUGAGGAGGACCUCAGUUUAUGUGCACACGGCGGCUCAGCCACAGUGCUGGAAGAGUCCAGAAAGGAGGCUGCCCCGACCCCCUUACCUGCCUCUGGCCCUGAACUGGCUGCCAUGAUGAAGAUAGGCACCAGGGUCAUGAGGGGAGUUGACUGGAAAUGGGGAGAUCAGGAUGGUCCAGCGCCAGGUCUCGGCAGAGUUAUCGGGGAGCUGGGUGAAGAUGGCUGGAUCAGAGUUCAGUGGGAUACCAGCAGCACCAACUCCUACAGGAUGGGCAAAGAGGGAAAAUAUGACCUCAAACUCGCAGAGCCACCUCCAGCUGCUCAGCCCCCGACCGAGGACUCGGACACAGAGGAUGACACAGAAGGUGAGCUGAUGGAGAAAAGCAGCCAUCCAACUGCCAUGAUGCUCACCAGCACAGUCAAUCUGCUGAAGACACUGUCUCUGUCCGCGGGGAUCUAUGCCGACGUGCUGCAAACCGAUGCAACAAGAACUCUGUGUGGCCUGCUGAGGAUGCUCGUGGAAAGCGGCGCUAAUGACAAAUCGGGCUGUCACUCUCACCGGUUGGUGUCUCGGGAGCAGCACAGGAGCUGGUGCACCCUGGGCUUCAUACGCAGCAUUGCUCUCAUGCCGCAGAUGUGCAGCACCCUCAGCACAUCUGCGUGGAUGGGCCUGCUCAUCCGAAUUGUCGAGGGACACCAGUCCUUCAACGCCAUCACUUUGCAGAGACAGAUCCUGGCCCUUCGCCUCCUGCAGGCGGUCCUUCCUUCAUGGGACAAGACUGAGCGCUCUCAGGACAUGAAGUUCCUGGUAGAGAAGCUAUUCAACUUCUUAGGAAGCCUCCUGAGCACCUGUUCUUCAGACUUGCCCCUCCUCCGAGAAGGUUCACUGCGAAGGAGGAAGUCCCGACCACAAGCGUCUCUCACGGCCACUCACAGCAGCACACUGGCGGAGGAGAUUGUAACUGUUCUGCGCACUCUGCACUCGCUCGGUCAGUGGAACAGCCUGAUAAACGAUUACAUCAACACUCAGCUGAGCUCCAUUGGGGACAUCAUGGCAGGCUGCCAAUCUGAAGCGUGUUUCCUGGAGGAGUAUUUCUCUGAUUCGGAGGGUCCCAGAGUGGGUAGUCUGAUGGCCGUGCUGGCAGUGAUUGGCGGCAUCGAUGGGCGCCUCAGGCUGGGUGGCCAGGUCGUUCAUGAGGAGUACGGCGAAGGAACCGUCACACGCAUCACCCCGAAGGGACGCAUCACUGUCCAGUUUCAUGAGAUGAGGACGUGCAGGGUUUGCUUGCUCAGCCAUCUCAAACCGUUGCCCGUCAUAUCAUUCAGUGUGCAGAACCUGCCUUUCACUGAGCCCAUGUUGGCUGUUUGGGCCCAACUGGUCAGCUUAGCUGGAAGUAAACUGGAGAAACAGCGUAUGAAGAAGUCCCUGAGCCGAGGGCUCACAGCUGACCAGGUGGACAUCCACUUGCUGCGGUGCCAGCAGCUGAGGCUGUAUAUUCUAAAGGCGGGACGGGCCCUGCUCUCUCACCAGGACAAACUCAGGCAGAUCCUCUCCCAGCCAGCAGUUGUUGACAUUGGCCCCAACCCCAGUGAGGAUCCAGUGGUGUCCUCUCCAGAUGUGGGAGACUUGUCUCCCGAGGGUCCUCUGCCUCCGCUGAUCCUCCUGCAGCAGCUACUGUCUGCUGCCACCCAGCCGUCACCCAUCAAAGCCAUUUUUGACCGGCAGGAGAUGGAGGCUGCUGCUCUGGCGGUGUGUCAGUACCUGGCCGUCGAAUCGGCCCACCCGUCCUCGCCGCUGUUCGAGGAGAGCAGCUCUAGCGAGGCCACCACACCUGUCACCAUUCAGCACGUCAGGCCUCCCAAGCAGAAGAAGCAGAAGACCUCCCCUGUCCCCCCCUUACCCAUAGUCCUCCAGCUCAUGGAGAUGGGUUUCCCAAGGAAAAACAUCGAGUUUGCCUUGAAGUCGCUGUCGGGGACGACGGGAAGCGCCUCAGGCGUUCCAGGUGUGGAGGCUCUUGUGAGCUGGCUGCUGGACCAUCCCGACAUUCACGUCACUGAGCUGUCGGAUGCCGACACAGUGUCCGAUGAGUACUCUGACGAGGAGGUUCUGGAGGAGCUGGAGGAAGCUGAGCCAACAUUUUCAGUGCCGCCAGGCGCAGUGGUGACCGAGAGCCAGACAUUCAAGAAGAGAGCCGAUUUCCAAAGCAAUGAUGAUUAUGCUGUGUAUGUGAGGGAGAACAUUCAGGUGGGGAUGAUGGUGAAGUGCUGCAGAACGUACGAGGAAGUGUAUGAUGGAGACAUUGGGAAAGUGAUAAAGCUGGACAGAGAUGGACUUCACGACUUGAAUGUGCAGUGUGACUGGCAGCAGAAAGGAGGCACAUACUGGGUUCGCUACAUUCACAUCGAGCUGCUGGGAUUCCCACCACAAAGCUCUCCUUCACAUAUAAAGAUUGGUGACAAAGUGAGAGUCAAACCCACCGUCACAACGCCAAAGUACAAAUGGGGCUCUGUCACCCACAGGAGUGUCGGAGUGGUGAAAGCUUUCAGUGCCAAUGGGAAGGAUGUGAUCGUGGACUUCCCGCAGCAGUCCCACUGGACUGGUUUACUGUCUGAGAUGGAGCUGGUGCCAAGUGUUCAUCCUGGAGUGAGAUGUGACGGCUGUCAGAUGUUUCCCAUCAACGGCCCCAGAUUCAAGUGCCGAAAUUGCGACGACUUUGACUACUGUGAGAACUGCUUCAAGACACUCAAACACAACACCAGGCAUUUGUUUGGCAGGAUCAACGAGCCAGGCCAGUCUCCAGCUUUCUGUGGCCGCUCAGGAAAACAGCUCAAAAAGCACCACAGCAGCCAGCGCGGCAUGCUGAUCGACGACUGGUCCCGUGCCGUCAAGGGCCUUAAUGUGUCGUCGUCGGUUAACCAGGCCUCAAGGCUCAUUGACUGCAGCGAUCAGUGCUGGCAGUCCUCUGGCUCCCAGGGAAAGCAUUGGAUUCGUCUGGAGCUUGUUCCAGACGUUCUUGUGCACAGACUGAAGAUGAUUGUAGACCCAGCGGACAGUAGCUACAUGCCUUCACUGGUGGUGGUGUCAGGUGGAAGUUCCUUGAACAACUUAAUUGAGCUCAAGACAAUCAACAUCAAUCCUACAGACACGACUGUGCUCCUCCUUAGCGAUUGCACUGAGUAUCACAGAUACAUUGAGAUUGCUAUUAAGCAGUGUCGCAGCUCAGGUAUAGACUGCAAGAUUCACGGACUUGGCAUCGUGGGGCGCAUCCGAGCGGAGGAUGAAGACCUGGCAACCGUCCCUUUCCUCGCUUCCGAUAAUGAAGAGGAGGAUGAUGACAAAACUGCAACUGGGAGCCUGGUACGGAAGAAGUCGUCAGGCCUGGAGUCUGCAGCCACCAUCAGGACCAAAGUGUUUGUGUGGGGGCUGAAUGACAAGGACCAGUUGGGAGGGCUCAAGGGUUCAAAGAUCAAGGUGCCCUCCUUCUCCGAAACACUUUCUGCACUCAACGUUGUGCAAGUAGCCGGUGGCUCCAAAAGUCUGUUUGCAGUGACCGUGGAGGGGAAAAUAUAUGCAUGUGGAGAGGCGACGAACGGCAGGUUAGGCCUGGGACUCUCCAGCGGGACCAUCCCAAUCCCCCGUCAGAUCACAGCACUCAGUAACUACGUGGUGAAGAAAGUGGCUGUGCAUUCCGGGGGACGCCACGCCAUGGCCCUGACUGUGGACGGGAAGGUGUUCUCCUGGGGUGAAGGCGACGAUGGCAAACUGGGACACUUCAGUAGAAUGAACUGCGACAAGCCUCGGUUAAUCGAGGCCCUGAAGACCAAGCGUAUCCGUGACAUUGCCUGUGGGAGCUCCCACAGCGCGGCGAUCACCUCCAGCGGGGAGCUGUACAGCUGGGGCCUGGGUGAAUACGGCCGACUUGGACACGGCGACAACACAACUCAGCUGAGGCCAAAACUGGUGAAAGUACUUUUGGGGCAUCGUGUUAUCCAGGUGGCCUGUGGGAGCAGAGACGCUCAAACCCUUGCACUCACUGAUGAAGGGUUGGUGUUCUCGUGGGGCGAUGGUGAUUUUGGAAAGCUUGGUCGUGGCGGCAGCGAGGGCUGCAACAUCCCCCAGAACAUUGAGAGACUGAAUGGGCAGGGCGUGUGCCAGAUUGAGUGUGGCGCACAAUUUUCCCUGGCUCUGACAAAAUCUGGAGUGGUGUGGACCUGGGGCAAAGGAGACUACUUCAGACUGGGCCAUGGCACUGACGUACAUGUGCGUAAACCCCAAAUGGUGGAGGGGCUGAGAGGCAAGAAGAUUGUCCAUGUUGCUGUUGGCGCACUGCACUGUCUGGCCGUCACAGACACGGGACAGGUGUAUGCGUGGGGUGACAAUGACCACGGGCAGCAGGGAAACGGCACCACCACAGUGAACAGGAAGCCCACUUUGGUUCAAGGUCUGGAGGGACAAAAGAUCACCAGAGUGGCGUGUGGCUCCUCCCACAGCGUGGCCUGGACCACUGUGGAUGUGACCACUCCGUCAGUUCAUGAGCCAGUCCUUUUCCAGACCGCCAGGGACUCCCUUGGGGCGUCCUAUUUGGGUGUCCAGUCAGACAGUGACUCAUCAGCAGCAAGCAACAAGAUGAGUGGGCAGAGCAGCGCAAAGCCUAAUCGGCCCUCGUUGGCCAAAAUUCUCCUCAGUCUGGACGGCAACCUGGCCAAACAGCAGGCUCUCUCUCAUGUGCUGUCAGCCCUCCAAAUUAUGUAUGCAAGGGAUGCAGUGGUCGGCGCGCUGAUGCCAGCCAGCAUGAUUCUGCCAGCCGAGUGUCCUUCCAGCUCACCUGUCCCGCCGUCGGACUCCUCAUCUUCAUCAACUGUGAGCGAUGAAGAAAGUCCUCCUGUCCCCCCUGAAGCUGAGGAACGGGUCAGCCCCAGCCCAUGGCAGGACAAGAAGGGGGAGGUUCCCUCAUCAGAAGACGCCAUCACCCCGUCGUCGGCUGUGACUCCCUCCGCAUGUGGAGCCUCCUCUCGUCCGUUCAUCCCCGUCACCGACGACCCUGGAGCGGCCAGCAUCAUCGCCGAGACCAUGACAAAGACUAAAGAGGACUCUGAGAACCAGAGUAAAGUAGUCGGUCCAGAGCCUCAGUACCUGGACGAGUUCACCAGCCUGCUUGUGCCCGACGACACGCGAGUGAUGGUGGACCUGCUCAAGCUGGCAGUGUCCUGUCGCUCAGGGGAGAAAGGCAAAGAGGUGCUGUCGGCUGUGCUGUCUGGCAUGGGCACAGCCUAUCCACAGGUGGCCGACAUGCUGCUGGAGCUGUGUGUCACUGAGUUGGAGGACGUAGCCACAGACUCUCAGAGCGGCCGCCUGUCUUCCCAGCCUGUCGUUGUGGAGAGCAGCCAUCCGUACACAGACGACACGUCAACCAGUGGCACCGUGAAGAUCCCAGGUGCCGAGGGCCUCAGGAUCGAGUUUGACAGGCAGUGUUCCACUGAGAGACGCCACGACCCGCUAACCAUCAUGGACGGAGCCAACAGGAUUGUUUCUGUCAGAUCAGGCCGGGAGUGGUCCGACUGGUCGAGUGAAUUGCGGAUCCCCGGAGAUGAACUAAAGUGGAAGUUCACCAGUGAUGGCUCGGUCAAUGGCUGGGGCUGGCGCUUCACUGUCUACCCCAUCAUGCCUGCAGCAGGUCCCAAAGACUUGCUGUCUGAUCGCUGCAUUUUGUCCUGCCCCUCAAUGGACUUAGUCACAUGUCUCUUGGACUUCCGGCUUAAUUUUGCCUCCAACAGGAGCAUCGUGCCUCGUCUAGCUGCAUCUCUGGCUGCUUGCGCUCAGCUCAGCGCACUAGCUGCUGGACACAGGAUGUGGGCACUGCAGAGGCUACGGAAGCUUCUGACCACAGAAUACGGUCAGUCCAUCAACAUAAACAGACUUCUGGGAGACACCGAGGGCGAGGCUCGCUCUAUGAGUUUCACAGGCAGCGCCCUUGCAGCUCUGGUGAAGGGGCUUCCCGAGGCUUUGCAGAGGCAGUAUGAGUACGAAGACCCUAUUGUCAGGGGAGGAAAGCAGCUGCUUCAUAGUCCAUUCUUCAAGGUCCUGGUUGCUCUGGCUUGUGACCUGGAGCUUGAUACCUUGCCUUGCUGCGCUGAAACCCAUAAGUGGGCCUGGUUCCGACGCUACUGCACCGCCUCCAGGGUGGCUGUUGCCCUCGAUAAGCGGACCUCUCUGCCAAAACCGUUCCUGGACGAGGUUACAAAGAAAAUUCGAGAGCUCAUGGCCGAUCACGAGAGCAUGAACGGACUUCACGAAAGCCACGACUUAUUCAAACGGGAGCACGACGAGCAGCUCGUGCAGUGGAUGAACCGGCGCCCGGACGACUGGACCCUCUCCGCCGGGGGCAGCGGCACCAUUUACGGCUGGGGCCACAACCACAGAGGGCAACUCGGGGGCAUCGAAGGGGCAAAGGUCAAAGUUCCGACACCCACUGAGGCUCUGGCCACGCUGCGGCCGGUGCAGCUUAUCGGAGGGGAGCAGACUCUGUUUGCCGUCACUGCCGAUGGAAAGCUGUACGCCACAGGAUAUGGAGCAGGAGGCAGGCUGGGCAUCGGAGGCACGGAGUCUGUUUCCACCCCGACAUUGCUGGAGUCCAUCCAGCAUGUCUUCAUCAGGAAGGUGGCCGUGAACUCUGGAGGAAAACACUGCUUGGCACUGUCCUCAGAGGGAGAAGUAUACUCAUGGGGUGAGGCGGAGGAUGGAAAACUUGGCCACGGGAACAGAAGCCCCUGUGACCGUCCCCGAGUGAUCGAGUCCCUGAGGGGGGUGGAGGUGGUGGAUAUCGCAGCCGGAGGAGCGCACAGCGCCUGCAUCACUGCCAGUGGAGAGCUCUUCACCUGGGGCAAGGGUCGCUAUGGCAGACUGGGCCACGGCGACAGCGAGGACCAGCUUAAACCAAAGCUGGUGGACGCACUGCAGGGUCACAGGGUCAUCGACGUGGCCUGCGGCAGCGGCGAUGCCCAGACGCUGUGUCUGACAGACGACGACAUGGUCUGGUCCUGGGGGGACGGCGACUACGGCAAAUUGGGCCGAGGAGGCAGUGACGGCUGCAAAAUCCCCAUGAAGAUUGACUCUCUCACCGGCCUCGGAGUGGUUAAAGUUGAGUGUGGCUCUCAGUUUUCUGUGGCUCUUACCAAGUCUGGAGCCGUAUACACAUGGGGUAAAGGAGACUACCACCGCCUGGGCCACGGCUCUGAUGACCAUGUCAGGCGACCCAGACAAGUACAGGGGCUGCAGGGGAAGAAAGUCAUUGCCAUUGCCACGGGGUCACUGCACUGUGUGUGCUGCACGGAGGACGGAGAAGUGUACACGUGGGGCGACAACGACGAAGGCCAGCUUGGAGACGGGACCACCAACGCCAUCCAGAGGCCGCGGCUGGUGGCGGCACUGCAGGGCAAGAAAAUCAACAGGGUGGCCUGCGGUUCGGCUCACACUCUUGCCUGGUCCACCAGCAAGCCCACCAACGCUGGGAAGCUGCCAGCUCAGGUUCCCAUGGAGUACAACCAUCUGCAGGAAAUCCCCAUCAUGGCUCUGAGGAACAGGCUGCUUCUGCUGCAUCACAUCUCAGAGCUGUUUUGUCCCUGCAUACCGAUGUUUGAUCUGGAGGGUCGACUGGGACAGACUGGCCACGGCCCGUCGGUGGGCUUCGACACGCUGAGAGGCAUCCUCAUCUCCCAGGGCAAGGAAGCAGCUUUCCGGAAGGUGGUUCAAGCCACGAUGGUGAGGGACAGACAGCACGGACCUGUGGUGGAGCUGAACAGGAUACAGGUGAAGCGUUCCCGUAGCAAAGGGGGCUUGGCAGGUCCCGAUGGAACCAAGUCUGUGUUUGGACAGAUGUGUGCCAAAAUGAGUUCAUUCAGUCCAGACAGCCUGCUGCUCCCCCAUCGUGUGUGGAAGGUUAAAUUUGUGGGGGAGUCGGUGGACGACUGCGGCGGCGGCUACAGCGAGUCCAUCGCCGAGAUGUGCGAGGAGCUGCAGAACGCCCUGACUCCUCUGCUCAUCGUCACCCCAAACGGCCGCGAUGAAUCGGGCGCCAACAGGGACUGUUUCCUGCUCAACCCCGCGGCCAAGUCCGCUCUCCACAUGAGCAUGUUCCGCUUCCUAGGAGUGCUCCUAGGAAUUGCAAUCAGGACUGGAAGCCCCCUCAGCCUGAAUCUGGCGGAGCCCGUAUGGAAACAGCUGGCCGGCAUGAACCUGACCAUUGCUGACCUCAGUGAGGUUGAUAAGGAUUUCAUUCCUGGCUUGAUGUACAUCCGAGACAACGAGGCCACGGCGGAGGAGUUCGAGGCCAUGACUCUGCCCUUCACCGUGCCCAACGCCAGCGGCCAGGACAUCCAGCUCAGCUCCAAGCACUCGCACAUCACCCUGGAGAACCGCGCCGAGUACGUCCGCCUGGCCAUCAACUACAGGCUUCACGAAUUUGACGAGCAGGUGUCCGCAGUGCGAGAGGGGAUGGCCCGGGUGGUGCCCGUCCCCCUGCUCUCACUCUUCACUGGAUUCGAGCUUGAAACCAUGGUGUGUGGAAGCCCAGACAUCCCUCUGCACCUGCUGAAGUCAGUGGCCACCUACAAAGGAGUGGAGCCCACUGCGCCGCUCAUCCAGUGGUUCUGGGAGGUGAUGGAGUCUUUCUCCAACACCGAGAGGUCCCUCUUCCUGAGGUUCGUCUGGGGCCGGACCCGCCUGCCCCGAACCAUCGCAGACUUCAGGGGGCGGGACUUUGUUGUGCAGGUGCUGGAUAAAUACAACCCCCCUGACCACUUCCUGCCAGAGUCGUACACCUGCUUCUUCCUGCUCAAGCUGCCCCGGUACUCCUGUAAACAAGUGCUGGAGGAGAAGCUGAAAUACGCCAUUCACUUCUGCAAGUCCAUCGACACCGACGACUACGCCCGCAUCGCGCUGUCCGGGGAGCCCGCCGCAGACGACAGCAGCGAGGACUCGGACAACGAGGACGCCGACUCCUUCGCCUCAGACUCCACGCAGGACUACAUGACGGGAAACCUUGCCUUUGUUACGGGACAGUGAAUGAAACGACGAGCCGCCACUUAAAGGACUGUGCUACUCUCACCUGUUAAUGCACACAUUCAUCGUGGAAGACGGACGCAUCUGUGACGGGGUGGGGGAUGUGCAAUGAGCUUUAAAAGCAUUAUAAGCUAAAGAGAGGAGCAAACACAGGUUUGUUCUGAUUUUAUAAAUAAAUGUUGGGUGAUUGACUGCACAUGUGAUUGUUACAAAAAUAAAUUUGUAUAUUAAUGUUACAGUUAAAAUAAAGGCCUCAGGCUUGCACUGUGGUAGAUUCCUCCCUCGGUUUGUGUGAAUUACCUGUCCCUAGAUUGUACAUACGAAUUAAUGUUCGACAAAACAGUAGUGUUACUUUUUUGUUUUUCUUGGUAAUAACCAUGUUUCUCAAGAACAGUUUGACAUUAAUCAGUGUUUCUCACCGGACUCACUUCAGAGCCCCGAAAGAAUCAAGAAGAAUCACGAAAACUUUAUUUAUCCCCAAGGGGGAACUUUAUUCUAGAGCUGCUCUGCCAACACAGCUCACGGCCGCGCGGCAAGAAGCCGUACUUGAAGGAAAGAAAAACUGGAGUGGGGGUCAGGUGGGGUGAAUCAAAAAAAAAAAAAAAGACAUUUCCAAUCAUAACUACAAGUACGAACCAAAAAAACAAAGCCUGCAACGAACAAAGCGCGGCCUGACAGGGUUAGAGGGGAAAGGUCAGACUUGUCACUGCUAUCGGUGAUCGAGGCCGCCAGCUGUUGGACGACAUCGGCUUCGGUCUUCAGCUCCCUCAAGCACAGGCCGGUGCUCAGUCCGAUCAGUCCCAUCGUCGCAUAUCCCAAUAGGUAGACGUCUUCCACAUCUUGAGUGGACCGGGGCAUCAAACUCCCCCCCCCCCCCCCCCCCCCCCCCCCCCCCCCCCGACACACACACUCGCACCUCUACUGCUCUUUGAGAUAAUCAUGUCGACUGAAUUGAGAGAUUGAAGAUCAGGCCGAGCGGAGCUCCGGGGCAGACUGGGGACGAGGGUAAGGAGGGUCAUUUUAAAAAUCAUGUAUUUACUCUGCCCUCCCGUAUGUUUGUGCACUGUCUCCUUAAAGAAUGUAUAUAUUAUAAUUGUGCCAUGUAUUCACAGAAGGUCUCAUUCCUGCAUUAAAUGUUAAUAAAUUUUCUGCUAAUAAAUACAACUGAAAAAGCA